AGAAGUUCCCGCCCUAAAUCCUCCCUUCCUGAGGUCUCAGGAGUGCUGAGUGUGAGGCUGCAGCUCUUGGCUCAUGGACCUGAGUCUUCCUCUUACAUUGUUUCAAAAACCCUCACAGGCUGGGUCAGGUAACCUGGUAGUUCUGUCCUUUAUCUCUCACGAAUUGUACUGUGGCCUGCAUUCUGAAACGCAAAAAGAAAGGAGAACUAGCAGGGGUGGUCUGCAAAGAGAACGCAGGAAAGAUGUGAGUUUGUGACAAAAUAUCCCCAGAAGAGACACAGAGCUGGAGGAAGAAGAGGAGGAAAUGGCAGCUUCUCAGGGAUGGCUGAUGUUCCAGGACGUGACCAUAGACUUCACUCAAGAGGAGUGGGAAUGCCUGGACCUCGAUCAGCAGGAAUUGUACAGGGACGUGAUGUUAGAGAACUAUGGGAACCUGGCCUCCUUGGGUCUUGUGGUCUCUAAGCUGGACCUGGUUGCCUUUUUGGAGCAAAUGAAGAAUCCCUGGGAUAUAAGGAGAAUGGACACAACAGCCACAUACCCAUGUAGGUGUGAAUGGAUGGAGCUGAUGACUCAGGGAUGGCUGACAUUCCGGGAUGUGGCCAUAGACUUCACUCAAGAGGAGUGGGAAUGCCUGGACCUCGGUCAGCGGGAAUUGUACAGGGACGUGAUGGUAGAGAACUACAGGAACCUGGCCUGCUUGGGUCUUGUGGUCUCUAAGCCAGAUUUGGUCAUCUUUCUGGAGCAAAUGAAGGAUCUCAGGAAUAUAAGGAGAAUGGAGACAAUAGGCAUAUACCCAGCUAUGUCUCCUCAAGACACCCAGGAUUUGAUGCCAAAGAAACCAAGGGUAGAAGAUUUGUUCCCAAAAGCAAACCUAGGAAUAUAUGAAAGAUUUCACCUCAGAAACUUGCAAUUAAUGAAAGACUCAGAACAUACAAAGGCAUGUGAAAGACAGAAAGGAUGUUUAUAUGGACAUAAAGAAAUUGAGACAGUUACAGACGAUAUAGACAUUACUGCAGAAAGAAAUGAGCUACAUGAGUCAAACUGGGGAAAACACCCAUUUCAGGCUUCAACAUCUGCUGAGAAGUGUAAGUUUUUCAGAAAAAAUUUACAUUGUUUUUUGAAACAUACUUGUUCUCUGAAAGGAAAUGUGGAAAAUCUGGAAGGUCCUCCAGUAUCUACUGUAAAUACUCAUUCAAACCACUCUGAGCAUAGGCUUCGAUUAAACAUAUAUUUAAACAUGUCUGAAAACCAGAAAUUUAAAAAUGAUGGGGAAAACUCACAAUGUAAUCAAUUUGAGGGAUCUGUUAGCAGAAAGUCAUUAUUCUUCCACCAACAGAUAUUUUCUCUCCAUUCCAAGGUGUGUAAUGUUGAUGAUAGUGGAAGAGAUGUAAUCCAACCAUCAUUGUUCAAUACAUCCCAUGAUAUGGUUAAUACAGAAGAACUUUCUGUGUGUAAUAAAAUGAAUCAGACCUUAAGUAAGAGCUCCAGGUCCAGUAAUUACACAAUUAUUUACGAUGGAGUGAAGGUCUAUUCAUGCAAUGAAACUGGGCAUAACUUUGAACAAGACUCAAACUUUAUGGAACACCAGGGAGCUCAAUCUUCACACAAGGAUUCUAAAAGUAAUAAACGUAGGAAUAUCUUUUAUCAAGCAUCAGGUCUUCCUCUAAAGAGUAUUCAUAGUGGAGAGAAAAGUUACAAUUGUAGUGAAUAUGGUAAAGUUUCUAAUGAGUCUUCAAAUCUUAUUCAACAGCAGAGGAUUCAGAAUUCACAGAAACAGUACAAGUGUAAUAAAUGUGGGAAAGUCUUUAACAACACGUCUAAUAUAAGUAAACAUAGGAAAAUACAUUCAGGAAGCAAACCUUUCAAGUGUACAGAAUGUGCCAAAGCCUUUAAUCAGAGUUCAAACCUUAGUCACCAUCGACAAAUCCAUACUGGCAGGAAACCUUAUAAAUGUAAGGAAUGUGGCAAAGUGUUUAUCUAUUUCUCAAAUCUUAGUCAACAUCAGCGAAUUCAUAUUGGGGACAAACCUUAUAAAUGUGCAAAGUGUGGCAAAGCCUUUAAUCAGAACUCAAAUCUUACUCGACACCAGCGAACUCAUACUGGAGAGAAACCUUAUAAAUGUAAGGAUUGUGGCAAAGCCUUUAGCCGGCGCUAUGGUCUUACUCAACACCAGCGAAUUCAUACUGGAGAGCAACCUUAUAAAUGUAAAGAAUGUGGAAAAGCCUUCAAUAAAAACUCAAAUCUUACUCAACACAAGCGAAUUCAUACUGGAGUGAAACCUUAUAAAUGUAAGGAUUGUGGCAAAGCCUUUAGCCAGCGCUAUGGCUUUACUCAACAUCAGUUAAUUCAUACUGGAGAGAAAGCUUAUAAAUGUAAAGAAUGUGGAAAAGAGUUUAGUCAAUACUCAACUCUUACUAAACACCAGCGAAUUCAUACAGGAGAGAAACCUUAUAAAUGUAAAGAAUGUGGAAAAGCAUUUAAUAAAAACUCAACUCUUACUAAACACCAGCGAAUUCAUACCGGAGAGAAGCCUUAUAAAUGUAAAGAUUGUGGCAAAGCCUUUAGCCAGCGCUAUGGUUUUACUCAACAUCAGUUAAUUCAUACUGGAGAGAAACUUUAUAAAUGUAAAGAAUGUGGAAAAGCCUUUAGUCAAUCCUCAACUCUUACUAAACACCGGCGAAUUCAUACAGGAGAGAAACCUUAUAAAUGUAAAGAAUGUGGAAAAACCUUUAAUCGAAAUUCAAAUUUUACUAAACAUCAGAUAAUUCAUACUGGAGAGAAACCCUACAAAUGUGAAGAAUGUGGCAAAGCCUUUAGCCAGCGCUAUGGUUUUACUCAACAUCAGUUAAUUCAUACUGGAGAGAAACCCUACAAAUGUGAAGAAUGUGGAAAAGCCUUUAGUCAAUCCUCAACUCUUACUAAACACCGGCGAAUUCAUACAGGAGAGAAACCUUAUAAAUGUAAAGAUUGUGGCAAAGCCUUUAGGCACAGAAGUCAUCUCACUAGGCAUCUCAGUGUGCAUACUGGAGAGAAACCCUAGUAAUGAAAUAAGUGAUGGAAGAAGUUUGUCCUAAACAUACAUGUUAGAAAACACAAGACCAUUUAUAUAAGAAAGAUAUGGAAUGAUGGAGAAAUGUAAAAGAAAAAAAAAAUGUAGAAAAUGGUUUAAUGAAAAACGAAAUCUAAAUAAAUUCCA